AUGGAUGUAUUAAUUCCUAAUAAUUAUGUACAUAUUACUGGUGGUAAAGAUUUGGAAAUUACAACAGGUAUUCCUUGUAAGAUAACAAAUGAUGGACAUUAUUUAGAUAACGGAGGAGGAACUUUCGGCUCAUAUGUUACUCUAAGUGGAAAUUCUUAUGACCGAAAUGAUCCCAAUUAUUCAAAUCAAAUAUGGUUUAUUGUAGAAUCAUCAAAUUUUGGAAAAUAUAGAAUUUCCAGUAAUGGAAAUUAUUUAGAUACUUUUGGAGGAGAAAAUGCAUCAGAAUGUCGUAUGAGUUAUGAGAAUCAUUGUGAUAAUCCUUAUUAUUCAAGGCAGCUAUGGACUUUUUUAAAUCAAAAUAUUUCAGAAUAUGAAAAAGUACAAAUACAAAACCUUUCGAAUAAAUGUUACUUAGAUAAUUGGGCUAAUCAAUAUUCAAUUGUUCGUUUUUCUUCUUAUUUUAACAAACCAACUGAUUCUUUUUAUUCAAGACAGUUAUGGAAAUUUGAAAUUGCUGAUUAUAAACUUGUAGCUGAGAUUAAAGCUUUUAAAUAUGACAAGAAAAUUAAUGAUUUAGAUUCAUAUACAACUAAAGUUUCUUCUACUAUUUUUGCUUCAAGAAAUCAAUCGCAUAGUGGUUCUUGUAAGAUAGAACUUACUUUAUCUGAGAAAACGCAUAAUAUCACAUCUUGGUCUUUUAAUAAAAGCAAAGAAAUAGCUUUUUUGAAUAAACUUGAUGUUGAUAUAAAAGCAGAAUAUGCAGGAGUUAAAGGAAAUUUACCUGAAGUUAUAGAGUGGGAUAAUCAAACCAAAUCUUUAGAAACUAUUAAAAAAAUCAAACUAGACGAAACUAAUGUUUCUGGAAAAUAUUCAAUGGAAAUUCAAAAUAAAGAAGAGGUUGAAGUUAAAAUAAUUUGGCACAAGAUUAAUUUAGAUGUUCAAUUUACUGCAACGACAAAAAUUAAGGGCUUUUCAGAUCGUCUAAGAAAAAAUGGUUCUAUAGCAAAAAUGGAACAAGUAGAUAUCAAUGCUGUAUUAUGUUUCUUGAGUAAUUCUGGCUUUGAAGGAACGAUUAUUGGUGCAGAAGGAAAUAAUGUCUUAGUUGAAAUUACUGGAAAUGUUAAUAUUCAGGGUGCAUUAAAAUAUGAAAUAGAAAAGUCCAGCGACGAUCCUUUUAGUGGAGUCUUUUUCGUUGAAAUUGAAAAUAAUAAAAGUAUUUAUGAGCUUAAAAAGGAAAUUAUAAGAAAUUCUCCUCGGCUUUCUAGUAUUAACUGUUCUGAGCUUGCAAUCCGGAAAGUAAAUAUACCUAUAGACCAGUGCAAUGCACUUCAGCAAUUCACAUUUAAUGAAGAGGACUGUCUUCACCCGUUGAAAACGAUCAAUGAAUGUUUCGAUGGUAAAAUUCCAGAGAAUUGUCUCCACAUAGUAUUCGAGAUUAAACCUGUGUACACUAAAAGAGAGGAUGUUCAAUCUGAUAUAAUUCAAUCAUUUGGCAAAAGACUUGAUUUCUUACCACUCGUUCAAAAUCUAGAACAGGUUCUAUUGAUGGAAUUUGAUAUAAAAAUACCAAUCCGUAGCCAAAUUUAUGAUGAAUGGAAAGGGCAAAUUCCAAUGCUGGAUAAAUAUUUUUGUAAUGAAGAUAAGGAAAAUAAAACAGCAAAUUAUUUAUCAUCUAGGUGUGAAUCAGUGAUUGGUCUGUUAUGCUCGGAGUCAGAGUUUGCUUUAACGAGAUAUGAAAAUUUGAUCAGCAAUAUUUGGGAUGCAUUGAAAGAGGGAGUUGCUUAUGUAAUAGAUUUGAAUCGAAGCGUUAAAGAAUAUACUGAUAUGGGUAAUUGGAAUAAUUCAUUCUAUGGUCCAGUUCCAUAUCUUUUAUCAUAUGCGGCAGGAGGAAAAUCAUUACAGUUCUUUGCAAUAACAAAUAAAAAGCAGUUGAUACCAAUUAGCUCUCAAUAUGACUUGACAUCGCCAUUAGGAGAAUUUAGUGUUUUAAUUUCAUCAUUUAAUAUAUUUCGGCUACUGGUUACGAUUCACGAUUUUUUACCUGAAUAUGGUAUUCCUUUAUAUAAGGAAAUCAAACGGAACUGUGAUACAUACAUUACAAUCUUAUCUGAAGACACG